UAACAUUUUAUGCAACGGCAGCUGCGGGAGUUACAUCUACAAUCCUCGAGCGAAGACGAGGACGACGAUGAGGACGAGGACGAUGGCGAGGAUUUCGAUGAGGAUUCUAGAGAUGAUGCUGGGGCGUUUAUGGGGGGAUAUGUUAGGCAUCGGGAUGCUGGUGGUUCUGUCUCCGUCACCGGUUCCGGCUCGGAUCCAGAAUCGGAUGACCCGGACUUUGAAAUAGAUGUUGAGAAUAUUAAUGAUUAUGAUGAAUGAAGAGUGAAUGGUUAUUGGCCAGCAUAAGCAAACAGCAUUGCGACUUGUCUAUUUCGAAACUAUGUUGAACCCAAGAUAUAGCGAUCUCUAAGCGUCUAUUUUACAAUCGCACACAACACCACACACAAACAAUACACCCACACACACAUCCACACGGAACACACACACAUGAUAUGAAUUAAUUGAAGUUAUAAAGCAAGCAAACAAUAAAUGCAAAAGGAGUAUACAAAAUAUAUAAAUAUUUUCGCAAAACUGGCUGUUAGGUUUGUCAUGUACGAAUGAAAAUGAAACAAAAACGGAAGAAGCAAAACUAUGUAUUAGUUAUUUAGGCGCUGUAAUACUAAUCGAGGGUCAGUCUUUGAAUCGCGCUUCGAAUCGGUUGAUCGAUCGAUCGAUCGGGCGUUACUUUAAGUGUUUCUUUAGCUCAAAUACACAAGCAUCGCGUUCAGGCAGCUGCCGCUUUAAGGAAGAGGAGAACUGUGAAAUAUGACUUCGAACUUUUUCGCAGGAGGGAUCUGGUGAGCGGCCAGAGGAAUCAGUCUUUAGCAUAAAUGUUAGUUAGAGUCGCUUCAUUGAAAUUGGCAAACGCACCAUUUCGGUUCGCCGCAUUGCAUAUUUGUAACCUACUUUACAUGCCUAUUGCCUAAUGUUUGUGUUAAUUGUAAAGUUAAAUUUAAGCCUAGUAUUUUAUUGGCAAUUGUAAUCUAAGUUACGCAAAAUACAAAUAAUUUAAAUUAAAA